GAGCUGGAUUUCAAAAAGACAGGAUAGUGGUUUUUUUGCUCAAUUGGUGAAAGAAUUACACAGCGAAGAAAUGAAUUCAUACGCUAACUUUUUACGCAUGAGUAAUAAGGACUAUGAAUACUUGCUUCAAAAAGUUGAACCAUUGAUUAGGAAACAAGAUACUCAUCUUAGGCUAGCUAUUUCACCUUCAGAACGGCUCAUGCUUACUUUACGGUUUUUAGCAACAGGAGAUAGCUAUCAUUCCCUGCAAUACCUUUUUCGGAUUCCAGUCACGACCAUUUCAAGGAUUAUACCUGAAGUUUGUGAAGGGAUAUUUACUGUGCUGAAAACGGAUUAUCUCCAGAUCCCAAACUCUCAGGAAGAAUGGUAUGAAGUUGCAAAGGGAUUUGAAAAGAUUUGGAAUUUUCCAAACUGUUUAGGUGCUCUAGAUGGCAAGCACGUGGUUAUGAAAGCACCAAGGAAUAAAGGCAGUCUUUAA